AUGAGUGAUGUUGGGAUUCUAAUGGGCGCUCGCGCCAUUCUAUCUCUGAUAGGCUUGACCACAAUGUUUGCGGGUAUUUGGAUCCGAGAACGACGCUGGGAUGAUCAAGGAGAACAAGCCUAUGACAAGUACAUUGCCACGGUGGAUGGAAACUACCGGGGAGGAGUGGAAAGUGGUAACGGGCAAGCACCACCACAAGCAUCGUCACCACAAGCAAAACCUACGGAGAAUCUAGCACAGCCUUAUCAGGCAAUGUCGGACAAGGCAAAGAAUUUCCACGACGAUGGAAGUCGAGAUGUCAUUCAAAUUAGCAGUUCGGACGCCGACGAUCGACUGCCACUUCCCAGAAGUCUACAACGGGAUUUGGAAAAUCUCUUUCCUACUCCCAUUGUUCUACUGUUGGGAUGUGUCUUGUUUAUGAUCUCCUUGAUGUUGACACCGGAUGAAGGAGUUGGUUACAACAAUGGAUGGAACCUAACUGCCCUUUUCUUGGCCCCCAUUUCCAUUGCCAUUUACAUCACUGGAGUCCCCAAGGCAACUCUGGAUCGGACACCAGACUUGAAGACACGAACUUUCUAUGGAGCCUCUGGCAUCUUUGUGGUCAUGUGCAUCAUUGGAUUGGUGGACGGUGAGGUCGACGCUCCAUGGUAUUUCUUGGUUGUUGCGGCCAUCUUUAUUCCACUAUCCUUCUACGUGCUCCAUCAAACUCGAAAGAUGGGUGCCGUCUGGGACGCCACUGCCCGACCCAACAAGGACUGUUCCUUCAACAAUGGGUUCUUUUAUUUCCUGGUCAUUGGUGUGUAUUGCCUCUGGGUUGGAUUCAAUGCCGUGGACAUUCCAAAUGGCACUCUCAUGGCGUACAUGCCCCUCGAAACGGGGCUCCGUGGAUGGUUUGCGGCCAUUGCCGGCUUGGGUCUCAUCGUUCCAGCUUCCAUUGCUAUGGAAUAUGCCUUUGAAAAGGAUUCCGAAGUCACUGGGGAUGGACUCAGUGGAGAUGUCAUUACCAAACUCAUGAGUGGAAUUUCGGCUGUGAACACCGAGCCAUUCGCCCGAGUCUUGGAAACACCCUUUAUUGCUAUUUUGGGUUGGAUGGUCUUGGCCUUUACCCUGUACCUUCCCUUUCAAGUAUUUAAUCUGGAAAUAUUCUUUUCGAGUAUUUUGGCGGCAUCCGCAGGUCUUUUCUACAACCUAAUGGUCCUACCAACCUACUGGACUGGAAACUUGCAAGAUCACAACAAGUUUGUCUAUGUCUACUCGGUCUUUAUGAUUGCAUUCGCAAUUGUGCUUGGAUUGAACAGUGUACCCACAAUGGUUAUGAGUGUAUUGGGCACUGUCAUGAUCCUACUGGGACAAUUCCUGGACCUACUAGAGCAAAAGAAGGGAAGAUUUUGGCUCCAAGAACGAAUUGACAACCCAACUUUGUCUCUAUUUGGAAUUGGACAACCGUUGCUAGUCUUUGGAUGGGUUUUGGUGUGCCAAGCUGUUGCAUUGCCAAUAGUAGAUACAUCAAAUUCAUUCUAG